AGAAAAUGGCGGCUCUCGGACGGCUCACUCAAGCGCUCCUGAGGUCCUCUCUGACCCAGAGCAGGCGUCAGCUUUCUGCUACUGCUGGACACGGCGAGGACGCAGCCAGGACAUGGAAGAUCCUCAGCUUUGUGGUUGCCCUGCCUGGUGUGGCCGUGUGCAUGUUGAACAUGUACCUGAAAGAGCAGAGUCACACCCAUGAGCAGCCAGAGUUUGUCCCUUAUUCCCACCUUCGCAUUCGCAGCAAGCGUUUCCCUUGGGGAGAUGGCAGCAAAAGCCUUUUCCACAACCCACACGUGAAUGCCCUCCCUGAUGGCUAUGAGGGUCACGACGAGUAAAGCCUCCCUCCAGACCUCCGAACUGGUACAGGGACCAGUCCUCCAUCAGCAUCUGUUACUGGACCACACUUCCAUUCACAGUUUACUCUUUAUUUUAUUUUAUGUUUACCUCUUUGCUCCCUACAUGAGGCACCUGAAAAACACUUCCGUUACUCUGGACCAUAAAACAAAAUCUCUGCUGAGACUGAAUUAACAUAAAUAAAAUAACUAUUAUUACCUCG